ACCUUAAGGUUUUGUCUUGCUUAUCUCUAAAUUUUCCUCAUCUCGGAGAUUACCGAAUAUUCAGUCCAAGUUCCCAUACUCGAAUUUUUUAUACAGUGAUGAAGAUGGACAUUUAGGUAUUCGGUGAGGCCCGACUCAACCCAAAACGUCCUAAAUUUGGGUGUUUGUGUUGUGGCUUUUUCUUUUCUUCCCUCCUCCGAUUUUCUUAUAAAUACAUUAUCAACUCUCCGACUCUAAUUUGUCUAACCCGUUAAUGCACACACCCUGAAAUAAGUUCAGCGUAGUUUGAGGAUCUCCCCCGUUUACUGGCUCUAUUUUUUCCCACCAUAGUCUCGCCUUUCUUUUCUCACCUUCCAAACCCAUCCAUUUCUUCUCCUUUUCCCUCCCUUUCUCUCCGUCCAAACAUGUACCUUUCAUCAACUUUAAACGCACCUCCACCCUCUUUUCAAUAUUGUUUAUUCAGUAAGCCAAUCACUGCACAUCGGACGCCAAAACUCGGCAUAACUAACACCCAAACAAAACGACAAUCCACCUUGGAAACCCUUUCAACCACGGAAUAUAGACUUCAAAUGCUUGCCUCAGAAUUCAGGUCUUUAACGGAACCGAUUGAUCGGGUGAAACGGUUGCUAGAUUACGCGACGGUUCUGCCCGCGUUGGAUGAAUUGGCACGUGUGCCGGAGAACAGAGUGGCGGGGUGCACCACGCAGGUUUGGUUGGACGUUGUAAUGGACGAGAAAGGGAGGAUGAGAUUUAGAGCUGAUAGUGAUUCCGAAAUAAGCAAAGGGUUUUGUUCGUGUUUGAUAAUGGUUCUUGAUGGGUCAGAGCCGGAGGAGGUAUUGGGCGUCAAGUCAGAGGAUUUAACGGAGAUGAACGUCGGGGUUCAUGGAAAGGCCGUGUCCAGAGUCAACACGUGGCAUAAUGUGUUGAUUGUGAUGCAGAAGAGGACUCGUUGUUUGGUUACGGAGCGAAAGGGGGGAGCUUUAGCUGGUUUUUCGUCACGGUAAUGGCUCACCUGGGUGAUCCUUAUUUAUGUGAUAGUUAUAUCUUAAUUUCUUGUAUGUUUUAGUUCAAAUCUGGAAAUUAGUAAAUUAUAAAUAUGUAUUAGAAAUCAAAUGUUGCACCAGUUCUGGUCUUGGAGUUGUGAAGAAAGUGAAGGGAAAAUAGAGAGUGAGAUAGGCUUCUGAAGGUGGUGCUGCCAUAUGAUGUGUAAAUCACUGACCUUGUGAUUGAACAGAAAUAAAAGUCUGAUUUGAUGAGUAGCAA